AUGAAUAACUAAUAAGAAAAUUAAAUAUCGAAUGGAAUAGAAUAUAAAAUAGAAUAAAUUUAUGAUAACCUUUUGCCUCCAGCUCAUUUUAGAUCAAAUAUAAAAUUUUAUGACGAAGAAAAAGAAAUGAGGAGAGAUUGUGAAAGCCAUUUUUUUAGCAAUUAUUAAAUUGAAAAUAUCCAAUAUUAAUUAGAAAUAGAUAAAAUAAAAAAUGAUAAAGAAAAAAGUGCUUAAAAAGGAAUAUUUCACUUUAAUAUAAAAAAUUGUACUAAAUAUAUCAUCUAAUUAUAUUAGUGUUGCCAAAAUCAUAACUUUUGGAUCCUUAACCAUACGUGAAAAGUUAAUAUGGCUGUAAAAUAUUAAAAACUAAGGCCUCGAACACAAAAAUGGAACUUCAUUUAGAAAAUGAUUCUAAAAACAAUUAAAAAUAAUAAAUAUAUGUAUUUUUAGGACAAGUUACAGGAAAAUUUAAGAUUAGAUUAAGUAAUUAUGAAUUAUUAGAGUACAAUAUUUGA